AUGUCAGCAGCACCCGCUCAUCCAGAUGAAUCGGUCACUGACAGAAAAGUGUGCACCUAUCCAGCUGUCCCGCACCGAGCAAAUCGAGCCGGUAAAAAAGAUUCACUGUCCUUGCGGCGCCGGCUUGAGCAUGUCGAGACCCUCUUGACCAGUGUUCAAGAAAGGACGGCGAGCUCAAUAACGAAUGCAGAAUAUGCAACUCGAGAGGCGGGAGCGGAGGCUGCCAUCUCAUUUGCGUUUUCCCAACCACAGACCGGCAUACAACAGAGGCUACCUGGCCAUUCUGACCCUACGACAAAUGCACCUGCUUCGGCGCGACCACCACUUGUGCCGUUGCAAGCUCAUCCGCUUCCACCCACAGCAAACGCUGCGGCAGUGUCCACUGCUCCAGAACGGCCCUUGGUCCCUCCACUGACAAUCACUGUCAGCCAGGGCGAUAUGGAUGAUGGUAGUGUGUCGUCAUCAGAAGAAGAGGCAAGCUACGAGUUUUAUGGCCCAGGCUCCUUCAUAUCUUUCUGUUCUCAUGCUUGCGUCGAGUGGACAUGUGACAAGACUGGAGUUACUGACUUCGCGGCGAUGGCUCGAGAAAUCGCAUUCGACAUUUCCCGCCAUCUGAAAGUAGAACCAGGACUUUUCCAUCGACAAGAGCCGGAGCCGGAGCAAGACAGGGCCUGGCAGUACGUGAAUGUGUACUUUGAAGAGUGCAGAGACGUUGUCCUUGGCAUCGUCUGUCGGCCAGUAUUUGAGUCGCGUCUGAGAAAACACUUCAAGAACGGUUCAAUGGGCCUUCUGGAACAAGACUGUUCUUGGUACGCUCUGAGAAAUGCCGUCUACGCUACUGGCUGCCGGAAACUGCUAUCAAGGGAGCAGCCCGGUCCCUUCUUUGUUGGAGAGGGACAUGGAUGGGAAUACCUGAAGAACGCGCUCUCGGUUCAUACCGAGCUUCUCUAUUCUAGGUCCAAUUCAAUGGCAGUUCAGGCACUCGCGAUAAUGGCACUGUUUGUCGAAAGCAUCGCAUCUCCAGCACUUGACUACAUGCUUUCCUUAAGUGCGAUGAAGUUCGCAGAAUCGAGGGGAUUUCACCGUCAACCUGCGGCUGCGUGGCAUGUAACAGAAUCAGCUCUACAGACUCGAUGGGGAAGACCAUUGUCUAUUGAUGACAAUGUCAUAACCUGCCACUUACCCUCAAAAACAGUAGAUGGAAGCAUGGUGGACCUCGACCUUUUCGUCCCUUGGAUCAAGCAUGCCCAAGUCUCGGGGCACAUUACUAAACAAAUCACCGCUCUCAAAGCGUCAACUCCAACAUUAGAUGAAGUUGUCCGAACGAUUGCUCACCUCGAGCGUGGUUUGAGAGAAUGGCACGAUUCCCUUCCAUCAGUCUUAAGAAUAGAGACUGAUUAUUCGGAUAUACCUCAGGGACUGGACCCAACAUAUGUCUUCUACAUGCAGUACGCUUUCCUAGGAGGAUUAAUAACCAUCCAUUCGCUGCUUGCACACCCCUGGAACGCUCCAGCUAUCCAGAUGCAGCCGGGCGAAGUGCCAAAGUUUGGAGAUCAUACUGCUCAAAGCAUGACAAUCAUUGUGGAUGCGUCUAGGCAGAUUAUUCGCAUCUUGCAGCAUGUUACUAUUGACGUUUGUUCACCGAGGUGGUUGGUAUUCAUCACUCCGCUGACGGCUUUCAUGAACUUGUUCUUUUACAUUAUCCAAUAUCCUACACUGGUUACAGUAAAGCCUGAUCUGGACUGUAUGUACCAAGUCUGUGGACACUUUAACUAUCUGGAAUACAUGUCGCCGGGCAUCAAGUUUUCAUUUCCACGAAGAGUAACGAAUCUUGCGCGUCUGGUGGUCACAAAAGCCAGCUCCAGUGUCAAUCCUAAAGCAAAUAAACGCAGUGAAGAAGUCGUAAGACCAACAACGACAACCUCCAAUCCCGUUUCGCCGAAUGUUACGAUGCCAGCUUUGUAUGAUGCGUCUUUGAUGGAUAUCCUGAAUUUGGAUAACGAGCCUUGGGGCAACCUUGUUUCGUGGCCCAGUGGCGAUGAAGUGGCCAUCAUGAAUGCCGACUUCCAAAAUUAUCGAGACUUGGGCGUUGGAACGGAUGCAAAUUUUGCAUGA